AUGGCAUCAGCGCCUUCGGAAGGCGCCAGAUCGGCCGGCGCACCGCCAACUCGGCGGGUGUCAUCCUCGACGCCCGGCUCCGGCUCAUCUGCACCCAUCGAUCCGAUCUUACGAAACACGUUGCGAUAUACCGUCUCGGCCCGCGAAUACGCGACUCUGCACAAGUAUAUCCUUUCCCGGUCGCGUCUGCUACGGCGCAACGCACCGAGCCCCGGUGCUGUCGAUAAGGCUCUGUCGGCGGCACCUUCGAGUGGCAGCACCGUCAGCAAAAAGAAGGUCGGCGGUAGCGAUGACUACAAUGCCAGGGCAGUGCGACACGCGCUACGUGUGUUUGCGGCCACAUGGGUUGGCAUGAAAGGAUGGGAAGCCAUAUCUAGGAGAAUGAGCGACAAAGAUGCAAGCGGGAAGAAACAGCCGUUCUACAAGUCUCCGUCACUGCGGCUGUCGCUCUCUUUAUCGACCAUCCUGCUCCUAUACCGGUUUCUUUUCCGCUUCCUCUCUCGCCUGCGUGCGCAUCUCAUGGACCCUCAAGCUGAGCCCUUUCGACGUCGAAAUCCUCGCACGGCAGCUUCCUUGACCUCGCCAUACGCACCCGCGGUCGGUGCUUCGCUCGCAGGCCUCGCACUCGGCGUAUACCCAUCGCAGCAGCUGCGGGUUUCCAUCACCAUCUACAUGAUGUUCCGCGCGCUUGAGUUUGGCUGGAACAUGUGUGAAGGUGAGGGCCUGGUAUGGGGCACAAAGAAUGGCAAGAAACGAGAGAGGCCGUGGUGGUUUGGGAGCUGGUUGCUGCAACCUCUGGCCUUUGGGCAGCUGCUGCACUCGUGCGUGUUCGAUCGAGACUGUUUUCCGGAGGCGUACGGAAACUUCAUCUUCAAGAACUCCACUGCAUACUUGCAUGGCCGACCUCAGGAUUGGCCGAUCAAUCUCGGGUGGCCGAAGGCCCGGGACAUUGUCGACAAUCUGGCCCAGAUGGCUAGGCUCAAUUGGCCUGCCUAUAUUUCUCCCACCAUGUUUCCGAAGAAAGAGGUGCUCCCACCCUCGCUCAAGGGAGUUGCGCCGCUUUCUUCCCAGGCGCACCCGCUCAUUACGUCUUUGUCGUGCGCGACGCUGCAUCCUUCUGACCCGUCCUGUCUCCGGACAUACCUCACCUUUUGGCUCAACUCUUUCCCACCGCUGGCGCGGUUCUUCCUCGUCAUCUACUCCGCCCUCACCAUCGUACCGCGGUUCAAGAGCCUGUAUCACUUCCCCGCCACUACGAUUCAGCGUAUUCUUUCCCGCGCUCUGCGAAUGUCAACCUUCGUUACCGGCUCCAUCUCUACGGCGUGGGCCUCAAUCUGCUUCUUCCAGGCGUAUUUGCCGCGCCAUGUUCUCGCGACGCAACGCUUCUUCCUCGGCGGCUUCUUCGCCGGUCUGUGGGCCUGGGUCGAGCGGAGACACGGACGCGGUGUUUUCUUGUACAGCGCUAGGGCAAGUGUCGACAGCCUAUGGAAAGUUGGCGUCAAGCGCCGCUGGUGGAAAGCCAUGAAAGGGGGCGACGUUUGGGUCUUUAUGCUUGCGCUCAUGGUCACCGGCGUCGUUUACGAGCGCGAUGCGCAGGCGAUACGUGAGGGAGAGUGGCGCAAGGGCAUGAGCUGGGUCAGAGGCGAGGGUUGGAGGGAUUGGGCGGCCGCUGACGAGAGCGAUGCCGAUGACGAGGGUGGCGAAGGGGCGAAGGAGGACUAG